GCGAUCGAUACUAGGCCUGUGCAGUCUCAGCAGGAGUGGGACCCUGAGGCUUGAGAAACAGGCUUUUCUUUGGUCCGGGACUCCCCGGCGUUCCGCGCUUCCCCCCAUAACCGGACACCGAUUAUUCGGACUCUUUGCCUCAGACCCAGGAGUCAUAGAUGCCAGGAAGUAUGGCCCCCAUCAAGAAGCUUCGAAAUACCACAAAGUUGCCCCUGGCUUUAAACCCCCUGAAGAGCAAGGACGUGUUGGCAGUGCUGGCUGAGAGGAACCAGGCUAUAGUACCCGUUGGGGCAUGGGUGGAGCCUGCCCCGCCAGAUAGUUCAGCAGUCCCGGCAUCUACUUCAGCAUAUAUGAUUGAAGAAGAGCUAAGGGAACAGCUAAGAAAGAAACAAGAAGCUCUGAAGCAUUUUCAGAGACAAGUCAAACGCCGAGUAAAUCAGCAAAUUAGGCUGAGAAAAAAGCAACAACUUCAGAGGUCUUAUGAAGCCGCAGAAAAAGAAGGCUCUAUAGCCAUGCACUCUUCAGAUCCAGCAAACUUAACUCUUAAAAGAACAAGUGUUUUUCCAAACCAUUUGAAUGCUGCUAUUGGAAGUGCUAGGUUACCUCCUUCCCGGAAGCUUGAGGAUGGAAUAGAAGAUAGAGAGAAUCAGAAUGAACUAUUCCAACAACAAGCCCAGGCUCUUAGUCAAACCAUGAAAGAAGCACGUCAACGGCUGGCAUCAUUUAAAACUGUGAAUAAAAAAAAUGCAUCGGUGUUUCCAGAUGAUGGAAAGAAAAACUUUCCCACCCAAGAGGAACCUGACACUGAGGAAUCUUCAUCUAUUAUGAUAGAUAAGAAAGGGAAAAAGAAUUUGUCUUGGGGGGACCAGCAGGAUCUCCUUUUUGAAGACAAGGAUAUACCUUUCAGCACAGUUCAGAAAGUACGAUUCAAAAAUCCAUUAUUUGCUGUGAUGGAAGAGGAAGAGGUAAAGCAGUUACAUCAGGAUGUUCUGCCAGAAGCCCAGGAUUAUCUUCCAGAAGCCCCAGGUGACCUGCUGCAAACCCAGGGUGAUUUGACAGGCGUCUGCAGUGUUGAGCUGGAAGCCCAGAGUGUUGAGCUGAGGCUCGGUACCCAGGAAAUCAAGCUGGAAGGCCAAGCUGUUGAGCCCAAAGCCCAGGCUGUUAAGACCAAAACUCAGAGUGUUAUGCUGAAAGAUCAGAGUGUUGAACUAGAAGAUGGGAAUAUUGUUUUGGAAGUCCAAGAUUUUCUAUUCCAAAACCAGGCUUUUCUACCCACAGACCAGCAUAUUCUUCCCAAAGACCAGAAUGUUCUACCCAAAUGCCAGGACCAGGAUUUUCUACCCACAGACCAGCAUGUUCUUCUCAAAGACCAGAAUGUUCAACCCAAAUGCCAGGACCAGGAUUUUCUACCCAGAGAUCAGAAAGCAAAUUUGAAGCCGCCAGCAUCAGUUUUGAUAGGUAGGAGUCGGGAAGAGGUGCUUCCUCUGGAUGUCCUUCAAGAUCUUCUACACAGGCAUCAAGAUCAGGCCUUCAUCAACGGCAAGAAGGUACGCUUCAAGGAGUCAUACUGUGAUAUGACAAAUGAGAAAGGGAGAGAAGACUUUUCUCUGGCAGGUUAUCAGUAUCUGCCUCCUAAACUUCAGGACCAGGCCUUCAUCAGAGAUCAGAACAAGUGUAUCAAGCAGCCCUCAUCUUUUGAGAAAUGGGAGGUUGAAAGACGAGUUGCUUCUGAAGUGCCAUCGAGCUUACGCUCCAUACGGCAACCAUCUGCUGGAACAGCUGAAAGAUGGCAAGCAGGUUUACUUCCGGCUGGCCGUCAGCAUCUUCCACCCAAGCACCAGAGAGAGGCUCCCAGCAGCAGACAGGUUGGUGGUGAAUAUCAAUCAGGAUUGAACACUGAAUUCCAGACUCCACAGGCACUUCAGUCAGGAGUAAGUCAAGAGGAAGACAAGAAAGAGCGUCAAAAGCAGUACCUGAGAUAUAGACGACUUUUCAUGGAUAUUGAAAGAGAACAAGUGAAAGAACAACAGAGGCAAAAAGAACAAAGGAAGAAAAUUGAAAAAAUUAAGAAAAAGAAAGAGCAGCAACGUUAUGCUGAAGAGCAGAGGAUAUUAAGAAUGAACUUUCAUGAAGAGCCAUAUUCAGGGGAGAAGAUGAGUGAGAUACUAGCCCAGCUACAACUUGAGGAAGGAGCCAGAGAAAAACAACAGAAAGAAAAGGAGCACCAAAGAUAUGUAGAAGCUUUAAGAGCCCAGAUCCAGGAGAAAAUGCAGCUGUAUAAUAUUACUUUACCUGCACUAUGCUGCUGUGGUCCUGAUUUUUGGGAUGCUCAUCCUGAUACCUGUGCCAACAAUUGUAUUUUCUAUAAAAACCACAAAGCAUAUACCCGGGCACUAUAUUCAGUCAUCAAUUCCUGUGAUAUCCCUGAAGGGAACUCAACUCUUCGAGUCGCCAUUCAUAAUUUUGCUUCUGCACACAGACGGACUUUGAAAAAUCUGUAAUAAGAAUCUGAAAUCAACUUAGUAUUUCAACCUUCAUUUAAAGUCAACCCUGAGAGAUUAUUACAAAAAGCUGUUAAAGUUUAUAAGAUGUGUAAUCUGAAAAGAAAGACUGUUCCACAUAAUAACAGCUAUCACUAUAAUUAGAUCAUGACCAUUGUUUCACUCUGUGCUUGGCACCAAGGUUGAAAGUUGGCUUCCAAACUUGUCUCUUUGCUGUAAACCACAUGGACCACGUUGCUUUAAAAAUGAUCAGUCAGACUGGUAAGGUUUCUCUCACUUUGCUCUGCUCUGAUCAGAAGAGAUUAUUAGAAAUCUUUGAGAUUAUCUCAUUUAUUGUCUUUCUAUAUCUGUACUUUGAGUCUUGACAAAAUUGAAAAUGUCUGGAUGAAGCAAAAGAGGGGAUGAUGAAAUGAGUUUCUGAGCCUCAGUGGCCAUCUGUUUUGCUGUUAACUUUUCUAGUUGUAUAUAACAAUUAGAGAUGAGAACAAUCUGAAUUUGAUGUAUGUUUUCUUUUCUCAAAAAUUUUUCUCUCCUGUUUUUUAAUUUAUUCCCUCUUUCCCCAUUUGGUGACAAUGGACAUAGGACUUCUUAAUUUUUUUUUUUUUUUUUUUUUUUUUUUGCGGUACGCAGGCCUCUCACUGUUGUGGCCUCUCCCCAUGCGGAGCACAGGCUCCGGACGCGCAGGCUCAGCGGCCACGGCUCACGGGCCCAGCCGCUCCGUGGCAUGUGGGAUCUUCCCGGACUGGGGCACGAACCCGCGUCCCCUGCGUCGGCAGGCGGACUCUCAACCACUGCGCCACCAGGGAAGCCCAGGACUUCUUAAUUUUAUAAUUUUUAUUGCAAAAAAGAGAAAGGCAAGUAAACUCUGUCUUUUGGGCAUCUUUUAUGUGAAAUAAUUGUGAGUGACAUUUCAAAAAGUGAAUCUGAAGUCAAAGUGAAUAAAGUUCUACCUUACUUCCCUAUCUUUAAAAAAAUCUGGUGAAUGCCAUACCUACAGAGCAGAUGAAAUAAAAAUUGCUAUAGUUAGUAUGAAUUUGUUAUUUCUUCACAGUGUUUCUUGACAC